CGAAUUUCUUAGACCGUGAUGGCAACUGCACCCCGCCAAUCUUCCAUCAUCUCUUCCGGGCAAUGGCGAAACAACAAGACGCCGCUUAUCUCGCGGGCUUCGGAAGUACUACGCGGGUACCCGAGGGCUUCCUGCUCGUUCAUUGGGUCCAUCCACGAUGCGCGGCGCGCGAGUGGUUUGCUCGACAACCAGCACAACUUUGCACAGGAGACGAGCGUCGAGGUGUACGAGGCUACGCGGACGGAGCGCAUGCGGCAAUUUGCUCUGGACGAGGCAUCUGGGAUCGAAUAUCUUCGAAAGAUUCGUCAAGACAGAACCCCUAGUGAUCCCGUGCUGCGCAUCCUCUUUUGCCAGCUCGAGGAAGCAAAAGGCGGUACAAGCUUCAACUACCGCGUGUCCCUGAGCUCCAACUUCGCCAAACAGCUCCUGAAAACAUUCGACAUCACACCACAGUUCACUGGCGCGCUUCUUGGGGAGCCAGACUACUGGGCGCCCGGCGACUUCGCCAGUCUGGACGAACAAGGUAAUAUCCAAAGACUCGAAUUCUGCUGCCAACAGCCCCGCUGGGCGAUCCACCGCAAAGGCGCCCCGUGGUGCAUCUACAUGGCGCACUCCUUCAGCAGCAACUGCACAACCUACAUCCUCGUCUGCGACGCGCAGCAAACGCGCUUCGACAUCGUCAAAGAGCGGCUCUCCGACAUCCUGAACGCGGACCGCAAAACCUGGACCGCGCUCAGCGACUCCAUCGACCCGUUCUUCCUGCACCUGCUCAUCACGCACGAAGUAUUCCUCGACGCCGUGCCGUCGAUAACAAAGCUGCGGCACCAGCUGUACGACUCGCUGGACCGCGUGGACCGGUACGCGGAAACCGCGGCGGGCGGGCGCAAGAGAAGCGAGCUGGAGGAGCUGACUAUCCAGCUGCACGUUGUGUCGCAGGAGACGGACCGCAUGUCCGCGAAUGUGGAGAUGUCGAGCAUGAUUGUGCAGCGGCUGCUGCGCGCGCAUGAGCGGUAUCGCGGGAAUGUGGAUGAGGUGGGGAAGAGGGAUUCGGUUGUCAAGACGGAUGAUGCGCUGCGGUAUUUGGCGGAGUCGAUUGAGAGCCAGAAGCGGUGGCUGAAUAGCUAUAAGUCAAGGAAGGAUAUUGCGAUGAAUCUGGUCUUCAACCUCGUCACGCAGCAGGAUAGCGCAACUGGGACGACUAUAGCGAGAGAGGCAAAGGCUGAUGGCUCUGCAAUGCGCGUCAUCGCCACGAUGACUAUGGUCUUCCUGCCUGGCACAUUCAUGUCGUCAGUGUUCGGCAUGGCCAUGCUAGAUAAUGCACGGUGGUGGCUUUAUGUUGCGCUUACUAUACCCCUCACCCUUUUAGUAAUCAGUAUCUGGUUGAUAUGGCAGAAGUCUGAAAGGCUGAGUCAGUUGGCUAGAAGGCUGACUCGAAAACUGCACAAGGAGGGCAAGGAUUGUGUCGUAUAAGGGAUGACUUUCAAUAGCGUCGCCGACAUGCCCGUAAUGAUUAUCAUGGCACUGAGCGAUUCCAGAGAGCAUGUCAAGCUUCAUAUCUCAUUUGCAUGGCGUUCAAGACGUAAGAGAACGCGCAAAU